GACUCUGGCGUUUUGAGUCAUCUGUCCGUCAAUCAGAGAUCCUUGCGGCCACAACAGCCGGCUGUCCCCCUGUCCCCCACCAGCCAAGCGAGGGUGGCGUAUGGUGAACAGGACAGGUUCACUGAGGGACAGGAUGUCUUGGCCCGCUGGUCAGAUGGCUUGAUCUACUUGGGGACUAUCGCCAAGAUUGACCGAGACAAACAGAGAUGCUUUGUGGUGUUUGAAGAUCGAUCCAAAUCCUGGGUUCUCUGGAAAGAUAUUCAGACAGGAGACGAAGAUGAGGAUGACGAUGAGGACGAUGACAUGGUGUGCUCCAUCUGUCAGGAUGAAACCUCCGAGGAGCCUAAUGAGAUUGUCAUUUGUGACAAGUGCGGGCAAGGCUACCAUCAGCUGUGCCACUCACCCAUCAUCGAUGCUACUGUCAUUGACUCGGACGACAAAUGGCUUUGUUCUGAAUGUCAGCACACUGCUUUCCCAAAGCAGGAAGACCCACAACAGAUGGAGCUAUCGUUUCCAUAUGUCCCAGAGGAACUAGUGUGGGAUGAAGACCACCGGACUAACAUGCAGCAGUGCUACUGCUACUGUGGAGGUCCAGGAAACUGGUACCUGAAGAUGCUGCAGUGCAAUAGGUGUGAGCAGUGGUUUCAUGAAGCCUGCCUCCAUUGCUUGCCGAUGCCAAUGCUCUACGGUGACAGGUUUUAUCUCUUUGUUUGCGCCGUUUGCAACGGUGGACCAGAGUAUUUAAGCCGGUUGCCUCUCAGAUGGGAGGAUGUGACACAUUUGAGCCUGUACAAUCUUACAAUGAUCCACAAGAAGAAGUACUUUGAUUCUGAGAUGGAACUAAUGGCAUACAUCAAUAGCAACUGGGAGCUGCUACAGCUUGGAGAGCUGGCGAGUACUCCGAGAUCAAUGCGAUUUGCGUGUGUUAUUGAGGCAUUAAACAGAAACACAACCAAGUUCAUGUCAGGGAAGGAGGUCAAGAAGAAGAAGCACUUGUUUGGACUGAGGGUUCGAUUCCCACCCACUCCCCCAGUUAGGGAGCGACCAGCUAGCACAUUGAUGGAGUGCCCCUCACGUGGCUUCACCGUUAACUCAAAAAAAACACCAUCUGGCAUGAGUACAUUAACCAAUGGUGCAGAGAAGGCUAAAAAGAAGACAAGGAAGCAAGCAACACGUUCCCUGGAGAGGCAGGCCAAACGCAAAUGUUCCAGUGAACUUUUGUCCCAGGAACUAAGAAAGUCCGCACCACUCGAACCCCAUUCGCUGGAUCGGUUUUCUUCUAUCAAGAGUGACAGGUCUUUACUGUCAUCUCAAACCUCGGACGUGGAGUCUAUCGGAACCUUGAGCACCACAGAAACUACCUCAACUAGCCUAUCCAGGCCGUCCAGUCAGUGCAGCUCCAGCAAGACACGGUCGACAACUUCCACCAUGCCUUUCCCCCCUCCGCCCUUAAAAAAGAAACGGGGGCGGCCACGACGGGUCGGGCCACUCACCAGCCCGGCGGACCCCGACGGCGGCGUGACGGAUAUCGCCACGCCGCUUCCGGGACUCCACUCUGCAGACAUAAUUCACGGCAUGGACCCCAACAGCCAGCUGUCCCACCUCAAGAGCUCCAUCAGCACCUAUUUUGGAGCGGCGGGUAGGCUGGCUUGCGGGGAGAAGUACAAAAUCCUUGCUCGGAGAGUCACCCUGGACGGCAAGGUUCAGUAUCUGGUGGAGUGGGAGGGGGUCACUGCCUCUUAG